AUGCGCGGGCCAACGGGCACAGGCCCUCGGCCGUCAAUAUACAGAUCUACAAACGUCAACCCACUGUUGCAGAGCGUGUCGAAGGCGGGGAUCGGUCGUACACCCAUGAAAAGCAGCGCACGCAGGGGCUCGACAUGGAUGGGCGCUGCUCCCGGCUCGCAGGGUGCACCACCGAUGAGGGAUCCGAGGCCACUUCGCGACAAAGCAUAUCAGUCGAAGAUGCGACAAGAAAUUCUGGGUUUCCUGCACUCCGUCGGCUACGAGAUUUCAAGGGAGGCUCUUGCAAGCAUAACAGGAAAGGACUUUCGUGCGAUAUUCGAGUUUUUGAUUGGCCAGCUAGAUCCCAACUACCCUUUCGACUCGUUACGGAGGCUGGAGGAGCAGUUCAUUCCCGCGCUUAAGUGCAUGCAGUACCCGUUUGUCGGAGCGCUGGAUCCCAAAUGGUUAGCUGCGCCGGCAAGUAUGCACUCGUGGCCUUCAUUAUUGGGAGUUCUACAUUGGUUGGUAGAGCUAUGUAAAGCGAAAUGGCAUUAUACAUCCAGCGGAGACCCUACACUCCAAGAUCCGAACGAUGUUCCUGAACAAUUCGAUUCAGAAGAUCAUCAUACCGCCCUUGCUUUCCAGUAUCUGGACACCACAUAUCAGCUGUAUCUUGAGGGCAUGGAUACAUUCCCUGAACAGGAUAAAAUUUUGGAGGAGUACUAUCUGAGGAAGAACGCUAAAGUACUUGAGGAACUUAAUCAUUACAAGGCGCAGUUGCAGGCAAUCAAGGACGAGUACGAGAGGCUAAGAGAUUCCGCCCCUCCAUUAGAGAAGCUACUGGUCGACAGUGAAUCGGUCAAGCGGGAUGAGAAGAAGCUACAAGAAAUGUUGCGGCAUCGUGAAUCGCGUAAAGCAGCCCUCGAAGCAUCUAUUAAAGAUGAAGAAGAGAAGAUUAACGCUGGAAUCAAGAACCUCGACCGCCUACGGCAAGAAGAGGCACACUACCAGGACGUCCUCCAAGCGCAGAACCUGUCCCCUGAAGAAGUCAUGCGCAUGAACACCGAGCACGAGAACCUCCAGCGCACGCUCGAAGACCUCCGGCAGAAACUCUCUGAAACGCACAAGACGAUCGGCUUCCUUGAGCCGACCGCAACGAACCGCAUUGCGGAGGCGGAGGAGAGCCUGGACGCGUACACGAACCUGCUCGACUCGCUCGCGCUCUUCCCGCCGCUCCCGCCGCCGCUGCCGAACGUCGACCUGCGGAUGACGCUCAACACGGCUGCUAGCAGCCCCGCGGAUAUACUGAGGCCGGACGUAAGGAUGGUGAUAAAGCCGAACUUGAAUAGGAUUGCGGAGAUUAAGAUGAAGGAGCGUGCGGCGGUAGAGACGGAGAGAAUUGCGGUGGAGGACGCGCUGGAUAUGGAGGCGGGCGAGUGUGAGGACACCGAGGGUGAGGUUGCGAAGCUGGAGAAGAAGGUGAUCGCCCUGAAUGAUCAGGCGGAUAAUAUUCGAGACGCCGCGCAACAGGAAGCAUUCAUCAGUAACGAGGAGGCAACCAGGCUGACAGAGAACCUUGCCCAAGCGAAGGCGGCUGCAUACUCGAGCGGUGUCGGAGUCCAGACACGCCUGAAGGGUCUGCAGAUCCAAUACGCUGAACAGGUCGAGCGAGUCAACCGACUGAAAGAAGAAACCGUCCGUGUCAUCCUCAAGAACUGCAAUGAUAUCGGCGCUUUCAAGCGUGAGGUUGAGAGCCGGCUAAACGCUGUAAAGGUGUAUGCGGAGAAUAACUGA